CUGCUCCUAGAGACGCCUGAUAGCAGGUCUCCGUCUGCUGGUCUCCCAUGCAUGGGGUCGCCUCCCUUUCGUUCAAAUAUUACAAAGCUGAGGGACAGCCAUUCAUUUGAGGUUUCACACGACUGUCAAUCAUGCUAAUUAAAGCUGCAUUUUUUGCUGCUUCUGUAAUGACUGUACUAUUGUACACCCAGCCAGCAACAGCCUCGCUCCGGCGCGUGUGUUACUACACCAACUGGGCGCAGUACCGCAAUGGCAAGGGUCGCUACGUGCCAGAAAAUGUAGAUCCCUUCAUGUGCACUCACUACAUCUACGCCUUCUCAGCGUUCGACGAGAACAACAGGAUCAGAGCUUUCGAGUGGAACGACGAAUCCCAGCCGUGGGCGAUUGGCAUGUACGAACAAUUCAAUCAGCUGAAGUUGAAAAACCCAGCCCUGAAGACCUUGCUGGCGGUUGGCGGCUGGAAUGUAGGGUCAGGGCCGUUUACACAAAUGGUUGCUACGCAACAGUCGCGCGCUCGUUUCAUCGAGAGCGCCAUCGAAUUCGUGAGGAAGUGGGGAUUCGAUGGCCUUGACGUGGACUGGGAAUAUCCAGCCAACAGGGGCAGUCCCCCCGAAGAUCGGGACAACUUUACAUUUUUGAUUAAAGAGCUGCGUGCGGCAUUCGAGAGUGAAUCUUUGAGCACAGGUCGCCCCCGCCUCCUGCUGUCAGCUGCUGUUGGUGCCGGCAAGAGCAAGAUCGACACCGCCUACAACAUCCCGGCCCUCAUGCUAUACUUGGACUUUGCAAGCAUCAUGUCCUAUGACCUGCACGGCGCCUGGGAGACCCACACAGGUCAUCACACAGCACUGUUCCCCAGAAGUGACGAAACUGGCGAUGACCGAUACCUGAAUGUGGACUUCGCAGUCAACUACUGGGUGCAGCUCGGCGCCCCCAAGGAGAAGCUGAACGUUGGCCUUUCCACCUACUGGAGAACCUUCACCUUGUCCUCCACCUCCCAGACCGGUCUGGGGGUUCCAGUCUCGGCCAGAAACGGAGGGUGCACAGACAGGCGAAAAAGAGCGUCCUGGCCUACUACGAAUGACUUCAUUGUCAUCUGCGGACUUUGUGAUUCGUUGCUACAGUUUGUGCUUAUGUGUGUGCGACAUGCUGAGCAGUGGAGGCCAGAACACCAAGACCGUGAGCAGUUUGUCCCUUACGUCACCAAAGGUGACCAGUGGGCCGGCGGUGAUGACGUCGCCAGCAUCACCACGAAGACCUGCUAUGUCAAGCAACACGGGUUUGGUGGUGUCAUGGUGUGGACACCAGAUGAUGACGACUUCUCGGGUACCAGCUGUCCAGAAGGAAAAUACCCUCUGAUGACCGCCAUCAUCAAGGAACUCAACAACCCAUCCUUCGCAAACUGUCCUGGAGUCAUACCGCCAACAGACAAAUGCCAGCAGAAGGUAUACCCAUAUGGACGCCGGUCCAUACCCAACGGCCUUCACAUCACACACAUCUAUGAAGUAGACUAUUUUUUCUUGCAUCAACUUGCACAAUGGCUUCUAUCCGAUCCUCUUCACUGCGACCAGUACUUCGCCUGUGUCAGCCAGGUCGCCUACGGGGUGAAAUGCGAACAGGGCAAGAGAUACAACAGAGACAAACAGGACUGUGUGGUGUCAGUUGGUGACUGUCCUAGCAGCAGGCAACCACCUACCAUUCCGCCUUCAACCUCUCCGAUUGGACUUCGCUGUCAACUACUGGUGCAGCGCUCGGAGCCCCAAGAGAAGCUGAACAUUGGUUGGCCACCUACUGGAGACCUUCACUUGUCCUCCCCCUACCAGACUGGCCUGGGGGCACAAGCCAAAGGUCCUGGCAAAGAGGGUCCUCAGACAAGGACUGAGGGUUUCCUGGCUUACUAUGAAGUGUGUGACAUAAUGCACCAAGGAGGCCAGAUGCACGAAGACCCUGAGCAGUACGUCCGCUACAUUUCCAAUGGCGACCAAUGGGCCGGCGGCGAAGACAUCGUUAGCAUCACCAAGAAGACCUGCUACAUCAAGCAACACGGGUUUGGCGGUGUCAUGGUGUGGGCACCCGACCUGGAUGACUUCUCGGGUACCAGCUGUCAAGAAGGAACGUACCCGUUGAUGAACGCCGUCAUCAAGGAACUCAACAGCCCAUCAUACGGAAACUGCCCCAGUCAUAUAAUUCUACCGGUCUCCACUACUCGCUAUCCGACUCCACAGCUUCACACCACACAGCCCCCAUGGCACGUGGAUACCACGCAUCCUCCAUAUAUUCCGCUGGAGACCUGGGUGCCUCCAUACACGACUAACCCUCCACACACGCCAAGCCCUUCAUCAGGACAUGGACUAUCUGAAAUAUACGACUUUUCCUGCAUGAAUCUACACAACGGCUUCUACCCCAACUCCCAAUCACUGCGAACCAGUACUUACGACUUCGCAGUCAACUACUGGGUGCAGCUCGGAGCCCCCAAGGAGAAGCUGAACGUUGGCCUUUCCACCUACUGGAGAACCUUCACCUUGUCCUCCCUCCCAGACCGGUCUGGGGGUUCCAGUCUCGGGGCCAGGAAACGAGGGUGCACAGACAGGCGAAAAGAGCGUCCUGCCUACUACGAAGUGUGCGACAUGCUGAGCAGUGGAGGCCAGAAGCACCAAGACCGUGAGCAGUUUGUCCCUUACGUCACCAAAGGUGACCAGUGGGCGGCGACCUGCUAUGUCAAGCAACAAGGGUUUGGUGGUGUCAUGGUGUGGACACCAGAUGAUGACGACUUCUCGGGUAGCAGCUGUCAAGAAGGAAAAUACCCUCUGAUGACCGCCAUCAUCAAGGAACUCAACAACCCAUCCUUCGCAAACUGUCCUGGGUAAAACAUUCGUUUGUUG